AUGCUCGCAGCCACCACUGAAGUCGAUUAUCCAUAUUUCCCAUUUCGAAUAUCGAUUGACUUUGUGCUCGUUCACAAUGCGGCUGAGUCACAAUCAAAGGGAAAAUAUCGGGAUUUCUUCGAGAGGGCUAUUCAGAAAGAGGGGCUUAUCAUACGGCAUCAACAAUCCGGUCAGACUCACUUCACGCUAAUCUCCACACCUUUUCAUCGGUUGUCCAGGGAAGCAGAGUCGACUCAAAUGUGUUUUCCGUUGAAAGAUUGUGAAGUGAAGCCGGGAAUGCCAUCCUGUUGUGUUCCUCUAUCGAAAAUCUUUGUGACCGAUGACACAGUCCGUUUUAUAAAUGCACCUUUUCAAAGGAAACAUGGUUCACUUUUUGUGAAUUAUCACGAUGAAAAAUCUUUUUUUACACCUGCGCAAAGGGGGUGUCUGACUUAUCAGAUAUUGACCAAAAUCGACAUAAGCAAAGAUUUGAAGAAUGAGAGGUUGGGAGAUUCACAAGACACUGAACAAGAUCCCUCUUCCUCGAUAACUUCUGAUGAGCAAUUGAGACGAAAAGGAUUGACAUGGUUGCUGAUGAGAGAUGUUUAUGAAGAAGCGUUUGUGUUACAUGCACCUAGCAAGGAGGAGCCAUACUUCAAGGAAAUGCAGAAUGGAAGUUUGAAAACUUACAAUGAGUUUAUUUCGGAAAUUGAGCACGAUCCUAGAAAGAGUCUGAGCAAUGCUUGGGAGCGAUGGUACAAAUUCCAACCCCUAAACAAGAUACGCGACUAUUUUGGUGAACAAAUCGCGUAUUAUUUUGCCUGGCAGGGAACAUUUAUUACACUUUUGUGGCCAGCUGUUAUAUUUGGAUUCAUUGUUUUUAUUUACGGUUUCAUUGAUAGUAUCAGUAGUUCUCCACUGGAUUGGAAUCAUUGCAAAGUGGUGAAUUUUAAAGGAAAAACUGAAAAUGUCGCAUGUGGAAUGAGGAAUGGAGUAACAUUAUUUUUCUCAAUGCUCACCCAAUGGUUUAUGAGUUCGUUCGAUACAAAAAUGAAUGCAUUUUUUGCAGUAUUCAUGUCGAUUUGGGGAAGUGUCUUUGUGCAAAUCUGGAAACGUAACAACUCUGUGCUAUCCUAUCAGUGGAAUUCCGACGAUUUCCAUGCUAUCGAACCGGAUCGUCCCGAAUUUCGAGGAUCCAAAAUGAAAGAGGACCCGAUUACCGGGGAAGAUAUUUGGAUUUCUCCAGCCAUAUUCCGCUAUCUUAAAAUGAUUGGAUCAUUUUUCUUUGUCUCGUUUUCCAUGCUUCUAGUAAUCAUAUCUCUCAUGCUGGUAACUCUUCUCAAAAUUUGGAUGGUUUACAAUUUUCAAUGCAACAAAGAGUACACUUUUAAUUGUUGGCUCUCUGCCGCAUUCCUCCCUUCGGUUCUAAACACUUUAUCUGCAAUGGGUCUUGGCGCGGUCUACAGUAACCUAGUGGCACGUUUCAACACAUGGGAGAAUCAUCGGACGGAGUCGGAGCAUAAUAAUAGUUUGAUUGUGAAGAUAUUCGCUUUUCAAAUGGUCAACACCUAUACUUCCCUGUUCUACGUGGCAUUUGUAAGACCGGAAAGUCAUGGUCUGCAACCGCAUGGACUUUUUGGACUUGGAGAGGAAUUCAAAGACACUUGUCUAGACGAUACGUGUAGCUCUUUGCUGGCACUUCAGUUGCUAACCCACACUUUGAUUAAACCGGUUCCCAAGUUUUUGAAAGAUGUUGUGAUACCAUACUUUGUAAAACUAUUCCGUCUUCGAAUGUACACAAGCAGAACUGAAGCAAAACGGGUUGAAGCUGAAGAAGAUGACCAGGCCAAUGUUUUAGUGAGUCUAUUCCCUCUCUCACCACUUCUUGCUCUAAUCAUUGGUUUUGUGGAUAUGCGAAUCGACGCGCGUUUGAUUUGGUUCAAUCGGAAGCCGAUUCCAUUGAUUACAAAUGGAAUCGGAAUAUGGCUUCCAAUUCUCACUUUCCUACAGUACUGCGCAGUUUUCACGAAUGCUUUCAUUGUUGCAUUCACCUCGGGUUUCUGCUCGACAUUCUUUGCCGAUGGAGAGUAUUGUACGGUUCAGAAUCGCUUAAUUAUUGUUAUAGUUUUCCAGAACCUCGUCUUCGGUCUCAAAUAUCUUCUCUCCAGUGUGAUUCCAUCAGUUCCUGCUUCCAUUAAAGUAGCUUUGAGGAAGAAACGCUAUGUGACUGCUCAUAUAAUGGAGAAAGGAGAUGUGCCCCAUAAAACUAGAAUUAAGAAGCGCACUCGAAUGGUAAAACUAGCAUGGAUCACCUCGAAUCAUAAGGCUGCUCGGCGUGGGAAAAAGAAGGACUCAGCAACGCCACCAAAAAUGAUGAUCGGAAAAUACGAUAAUGUGAUCAAAUUCUUGUCCAAUGGGGAUGAACCUCGCGGCCUGGAAUUUUUAAAGGCGCAUCGUCGGACCACCAAUGAAAUCGUCGUUUUGUAUUCUAGAUUUUUCGAUAAAAUCGCCAUCGCCAAAAUCGAUCAUGUCAAAGAGAAAACGUCCGAGAGUCACGGAGAUGCGACUAAAUUAAAAGCCAAAGAGGCUCCAGAGCAUAUCAACCAUAAGAAAAUGUUCACUGAAAACUUCAAGAAACGUAGAGCAGAACAUAAAGCAGCUAUCGAAUCGAUCAAAGGAAUCGGAAAAGACAAAACGAGGCUGUUUUUGGAAGAUCUCCUGAAAAACAUCAAAAACUUGCUGAACGAGUCCCGAGAGACAAUCGAACGGAUUGCCCAUCUCGCCGAAUCGCCGUUCCCUCAUGACAGCGAUUUAUUGAAAGAUGCGUUUUCGAAGCUCCAUGAGAACACUGCUCUCUUCACUGAUCUCUCAUUGGCUUUUUCGAAAUUCUUCAAGACAAAAGUGCAAAAAGAUAGAAAAUUGAAGACGUUGCUGGUUUGGGCAUACAAUUAUUCCAUCAAAACUGGAGUUUUUGAUGUGGAUACCGAGAAGAAAGUGAACUUGAUGGCACAGCAGCAUGAGCUGAUUGAGAAGGAUCAGAAAUACUUCAACGCUUACGAUAAGGAGUGCGCGAAGAAGGAGUUGGAAGCGGAAGACGCAGAACGAAAACGAAGCAAAUCGAAAAAAGCGGAGCGGAAGCAACCGAAGGGAGAGCUAUAA